GUUUCUUUCGUCACUAGACAACCCGGAAGCGUCAAUUUCACCUCAAAGGACAGGGGCAUGACUCUGUUGCUCUCUUUAUAAAGUGUAAGUUUACGGAAAAUGUGCUACUUUCAUUAAUUCAUACGUUUUCCAUUAGGAACAGCCAUUAUAGCUAGUAAGCUAGCAGACAGACAGUUAUGUGGUCUUCUUAGCAGCAAGUAGUAACGUUAGCUAGCUAGCUAAGCUUAUCAAAUGUAGGCAUUUAUUUUUUAAUAAUAGCGAGGCAACUGUCAUAAGCCAUUUGAGCAUUUGCACAUACGUCCACCUGUUUCUUCUGGUUCUCGCAUGUAUAGCAAACAUAUAAUACUGUCUGUCAAUGCAAUGCACUUACACUUUCCUUUUCUGACUCAAGGGCAAUGGCAUGGGGAGUGGUGUUGAGGGGUUUCUUGCCUCUGUGUCUACGUCGACUUGCCUGCUUGACCACAAACACUUACAUGGGCGCAAGGAUUCGUCCAGUACGCACAGACCUGACGGUGCCAUGUCGCUACCCUCUUUGGACAACACAUCCUGUAAGAACACUACAUCUGUGCCCUAACUUGUGUGCUGGCCAUAAUAAAUGGUCAAAGGUGAAAAAUAUAAAAGGACCCAAAGAUGCAGCCCGGAGUCGAAUGUUCAUGAAGUUUGGGAUGAUGAUAAGAAUUGCAGUCAAAGGUAAGCUUGACUGACAACUUGUUUGCUCCAAUUCAAUGCACUACAUGUGAGCAUUAUGAGGAAUGUUUUGACUGGUGCUGCAUCAACCAUUCCCAUGUUUUGCUUGUUAAUUCUGUCUUCUACAGAAGGGGGAUCUAGUAACCCAGAAUUCAAUCUAGCAUUGGCGAAUGUAGUGGAGCAAUGCCGAGGCAAGAACAUGCCCAAAGUGUCCAUAGAAGCUGCCAUCAAAGGGGCGGUAAGUUGAUGGCAUGAUCAAAGUUAAAUGUUUUGGUAACACUUAUAUAACACUUAAAUAAAAUGCAUUAUGAUGCAGUUACACUGAACACACAUAUAAACGCAACAUGCAACAAUUUCAAAGAUUUUACUGCGUUACAGUUCAUAUAAGGAAAUCAGUCAAUUUAAUUGAAUUCAUUAGGCCCUAAUCUAUGGAUUUCACAUGAAUGGGAAUACAGAUAUGCAUCUUUUGGUCACAGAUACCUUUAAAAAAAGGUAGGGGCGUGGACAGAAAACCAGUCAGUAUCUGGUGUGACCACCAUUUGCCUCAAGCAGUGUGACAUCUCCUUCGCAUAGAGUUGAUCAGUCUGUUGAUUGUGGCCUGUGAAAUGUUGUCCCACUCCUCUUCAAUGGCUGUGCGAAGUUGCUGGAUAUUGGUGGGAACUACCCCACCGCCACCAUAGGGGACUCUGUUCACAGUGUUGACAUCAGCAAACCGCUCGCCCACACGACAACAUACACGCUGGCGUUGUUGAAACCGGGAUUCAUCCGUCAUGAAGAGCACACUUCUCCAGCGUGCCAGUGGCCAUCAAAGGUGAGCAUUUGCCCACUGAAGUCAGUUAAGACGCCGAACUGCAGUCAGGUCAAGACCCUGGUGUGUCAGACGGUUUCUGACAGUUUGUGCAGAAAUUCUUCAGUUGUGCAAAUCCACAGUUUCAUCAGCUGUCUGGGUGGCUGGUCUCAGACGAUCCCACAGGUGAUGAAGCCGGAUGUGGAGGUCCUGGGCUGGCGUGGUUACACGUGGUCUGCUGUUGAGGCCAGUUGGACGUACUGCCAAAUUCUCUAAAAUGACGUUGGAGGCGGCUUAUGGUAGAGAAAUGAACAUUCCAUUUUCUGGCAACAGCUCUGGUGAACAUUCCUGCAGUCAGCAUGUCAAUUGCACGCUCCCUCAAAACUUGAGACAUCUGUGGCAUUGUGUUGUGUGACAAAACUGCACAUUUUAGUGGCCUUUUAUUUUUCCCAGUACAAGGUGCACCUGUGUAAUGAUCAUAAUGUUUAAUCAGCUUCUUGAUAUGCCACACCUGUCAGGUGGAUGGAUUAUCUUGGCAAAGGAGAAAUGCUCACUAACAGGGAUGUAAACAAAUUUGUGCACAAAAUUAGAGAGAAAUGAGCAUUUUGUAUAUGGAACAUUUCAGGGAUAUUUUAUUUCAGCUCAUGAAACAUGGGACCAACACUUUACAUGUUGUAUUUAUAUUUUUGUUCAGUGUAAUGAAUUGUAAGACUUGUCAUGAGCAUGUAUGACAACCGCAGUGUUACGGAUGUGUUCACUCAACUGUACCUUUUUACCCUGGUUACACGUGUCUGCUACAUUGAAUCUGCACGUUGUCUAUCCCAUAAGUACUUCCAUUAUGUGAAACGCUUUUGUCCAGAGGUGGGACCAAGUCACUAUUAUUCGAAUCACAAGCAAGUCACAAGGUCUGAGUAUCAAGUCGAGUCCCAAGUAGAACGGGUCGAGUCUCAAGUCAAGUCCCGGUCGUGCAUUCUAAGAGCAAGUCGAGUAAAAAAAGAUCUAUACAUGCAAUGACUUGUUCAACUACAAAUAUUUGUCUUUGAGGCUACCAGACAGCCCUUUUGAUUAUUAUGUAAUAAUAAAUGACAAACUCCAAAUUCAAGCUUCAUAAGUAAAUGAUCAAUUUCGAGCAAUUUUGACAUACCAAAAGACCAGUAGGCCUAUACUAGUAAUUUUUGCUUGAUGCCCCAUUGCUGGUGAGCUUGCAAAGUAAACAUUCUUAGUUAAAGUUAAUAUUCUUGAUCACCAUUUUAUUUUUGGAGCUGCAUAUUUCUUUAUGCCAGUUUUUGACCUCUCUCCCUACAAACUGUUUUUGACCCGCAACCCCCAAAAAGGAGUGGUUCAAUGCUGUUGACCCUGCGCCCGCACAUGAACGCGCGCACAUUCGCUGCACAAAUGUAGCCUGUCAUUACAGCCGUAAACGAUGAUGCAUUUAAAAAAUGCAAAAUACAGAGAUUAACUCAGUUUUACACCUGCAUUUUGAGCUUAGUCAUUCAUGUUAGCAGUCAAUAUCAACGUCACUUCUCUGGAGUCAAGAGCAAGCAGGAUCAUACGGACUAGGGCUGUGCCUAUAUGGCCAUACUCGUAAUCGUAGCCUAUCCGUAAAUUAACAGUUGAUAGUCAGAUUGGAAAAAACUUAAGUGUUUUAAUUUUACUAAGUAGAUGUUAGCAAAAUAACUCCCUUCGCAUUCUCACAGCAAAAAUACCUGCAGAUUAGCGACAGCGCGCGGAGGGGUGUGUAUCUGUCUGUGUGUCCUCAACUUGCAGUGGGCAGCCAAGUUUGCUGUCACUCAGUCAGAAUGCGAAUCAGGGUUACAUUUUUUGCCCUACCCUUGCCCCGCUUGUUAGAUAUUCUGAAACUAACUGCAGCUCUUUGUUAAGUGUUGCUGUCAUUUCAGUCGCUGUGGUAGCUGACGUGUAUAGUGUUGAGUCAUCCGCAUACAUAGACACACUGGCUUUACUCAAAGCCAGUGGCAUGUCGUUAGUAAAGAUUGAAAAAAGUAAGGGGCCUAGACAGCUGCCCUGGGGAAUUCCUGAUUAUACCUGGAUUUUGUUGGAGAGGCUUCCAUUAAAGAACACCCUCUGUGUUCUGUUAGACAGGUAACUCUUUAUCCACAAUAUAGCAGGGGGUGUAAAGCCAUAACACAUACGUUUUUCCAGCAGCAGACUAUGAUCGGUAAUGUCAAAAGCCGCACUGAAGUCUAACAAAACAGCCCCCACAAUCUUUUUAUCAUCAAUUUCUCUCAGCCAAUCAACAGUCAUUUGUGUCAGUGCUGUGCUUGUUGAAUGUCCUUCCCAAUAAGCGUACUGAAAGUAUGUUGUCAAUUUGUUUACUGUAAAAUAGCAUUUUAUCUGGUCAAACACCAUUUUUUCAAAAGUUUACUAAGGGUUGGUAACAGGCUGAUUGGUCGGCUAUUUAAGCUUGUUAAGGGGGCUUUACUAUUCUUAGGUAGGGGAAUAACUUAUGCUCCCCUCCAGGCCUGAGGGCACACACUUUCUAGUUGGCUUAAAUUGAAGAUAUGGCAAACAGGAGUGGCAAUAUCGUCCACUAUUAUCCUCAGUAAUUUUCCAUCCAAGUUGUCAGACCCCAGUGGCUUGUCAUUGUUGAUCGACAAUAAUACUUUUUUCACCUCUUCCACACUUACUUUACGGAAUUCAAAAUGACAAUGCUUGUCUUUCAUAAUUUGGUCAGAUAUACUUGGAUGUGUAGUGUCAGCGUUUGUUGCUGGCAUGUCAUGCCUAAAUUUGCUAAUCUUGCCAAUGAAAAAAUAAUUAAAGUAGUUGGCAAUAUCAGUGGGUGUUGUGAUGAAUGAGCCUUCUGAUUCAAUGAAUGAUGGAGCGAAGUUUGCCUUUUUGCCCAACAUUUCAUUUAAGGCACUCCAAAUCUUUGUACUAUCAUUCUUUGUCAUUUAUCUUUGUUUCAUAGUGCAGUUUCUUCUUUUUAUUCAGUUUAGUCACAUGAUUUCUCAAUUUGCAGUAUGUUUGAUAAUUUUUCUUGCUUUACUGGGAAGCUUAGCAGAGGUAGACAUACUCUGGUUAUUUUUAUUAGUGCAGGGUGAGCUGCACACAAUGGACUUCCUACUUGGGCACACCACCUCAGUGCUAACAAUAUUACUCUGGUUCAUAGGCAUACAGUGAGGGAAAAAAGUAUUUGAUCCCCUGCUGAUUUUGUACGUUUGCCCACUGACAAAGAAAUCAUCAGUCUAUAAUUUUAAUGGUAGGUUUAUUUAAACUGUGAGAGACAGAAUAACAACAACAAAAUCCUGAAAAACGCAUGUCAAAAAUGUUAUCAAUUGAUUUGCAUUUUAAUGAGGGAAAUAAGUAUUUGACCCCUCUGCAAAACAUGAUUUAGUACUUGGUGGCAAAGCCUUCAGCUCCCUCCACAGAUUUUCUAUGGGAUUAAGGUCUGGAGACUGGCUAGGCUACUCCAGGACCUUAAUGUGCCUCUUCUUGAGCCACUCCUUUGUUUCCUUGGCCAUGUGUUUUGGGUCAUUGUCAUGCUGGAAUACCAUCCACGACCAUUUGCAAUGCCCUGGCUGUAUAAAAGACACCUGUCCACAGAAGCAAUCAAUCAAUCAGAUUCCAAACUCUCCACCAUGGCCAAGACCAAAGAGCUCUCCAAGGAUAUCAGGGACAAAUUGUAGACCUUUACAAGGCUGGGAUGGGCUACAAGACCAUCGCCAAGCAGCUUGGUGAGAAGGUGACAACAGUUGGUGCGAUUAUUCGCAAAUGGAAGAAACACAAAAGAACAGUCAAUCUCCCUCGGCCUGGGGCUCCAUGCAAGAUCUCACCUCGUGGAGUUGCAAUGAUCAUGAGAACAGUGAGGAAUCAGCCCAGAACUACACGGGAGGAUCUUGUCAAUGCUCUCAAGGCAGCUGGGACCAUAGUCACCAAGAAAACAAUUGGUAACGCACCAUGCCGUGAAGGACUGAAAUCCUGCAGCGCCUGCAAGGUCACCCUGCUCAAGAAAGCACAUAUACAGGCCCGUCUGAAGUUUGCCAAUAAACAUCUGAAUGAUUCAGAGGAGAACUGGGUGAGAAUGUUGUGGUCAGAUGAGACCAAAAUCGAGCUCUUUGGCAUCAACUCAACUCGCCGUGUUUGGAGGAGGAGGAAUGCUGCCUAUGAUCCCAAGAACACCAUCCUCACUGUCAAACAUGGAGGUGGAAACAUUAUGCUUUGGGGGUGUUUUUCUUUUAAGGGGACAGGGCAACUUCACCGCAUCAAAGGGACGAUGGACGGGGCCAUGUUCCGUCAAAUCUUGGGUGAGAACCUCCUUCCCUCAGCCAAGGCAUUGAAAAUGGGUCGUGGAUGGGUAUUCCAGCAUGACAAUGACCCAAAACACACGGCCAAGGCAACAAAGGAGUGGCUCAAGAAGAAGCACAUGAAGGUCCUGGAGUGGCCUAGCCAGUCUCCAGACCUUAAUCCCAUAGAAUAUCUGUGGAGGGAGCUGAAGGUUUGAGUUGCCAAACAAGGGUUUUGCCACCAAGUACUAAGUCAUAUUUUGCAGAGGGGUCAAAUACUUAUUUCCCUAAUUAAAAUGCAAAUCAAUUUCUAACAUUUUUGACAUGCGUUUUUCUGGAUUUGUUGUUAUUCUGUCUCUCACUGUUCAAAUAAACCUACAAUUAAAAUUAUAGACUGAUCAUGUCUUUGUCAGUGGGCAAACGUACAAAAUCAGCAGGGGAUCAAAUACUUUUUUCCCUCACUGUAUGAGUACUGCACACAAUAGCUAUAGGAUCAGCAGAGGCAUUCCGGGCAGUAAGAGGGACAUAAAUUAGGUUAUUUACAUUUUGUCUUUCAACGCCCCUAGGAUAAUGUACAUUUGCUGAAUCAUUAUGACAACUCAGCGACACAAUGGUAGGGAUUAAAUGAGCUGGUCUUGGGUCAUUGAUAAGUCAUUGCCUCAACGCAGCCUUAUAAUGCUGUGAAAGGAUCCAGGAACCCAAAUGAUUUGGGUGGAUCCCAUCCUCCUUAUAAUUAUCUCCACCUCGUGUUGAGAUUCAAAGUUCCAAUCAUUUUAAACGUGUAGCAGCCGCUUUCACAUUUUCUGGUCUGAUGUGUUCAUUUAUAAUCCGUCCUUUAUACACUCUGCUCGAAAAGGGGCGGUUCCGUCAGGCUGACACUCUCUCUGACCUCACUCGAGGCGUGACUUGUCCCUGUGCAAAGCUCAUGAAAAACUAUUAUCUCUUAUAGCGUUCUCAAAUCACAUCCCUCUCUUAACAAAAAUACUUAUUUUUCAUAUUACAUGCACAACGUAUAGGAUGGAAACUUCCAACAUGUAGUGGGUAUACUUUCCAAGUUACAGUAUUUCCUUUAUAACAUUUUUAAUGACAUCACAAAAUAACAAACAAUAUGACAUUAGUGUUCUAUAGAUCGCCUCCGACCAUUCCCCACGUUCUACGUUAGGAAUAUUAUUCCAGUAUUCGCUUUUGAUCGUGCUAAAGUUUCAGCGGGAAAAGGUUUGUUGAAACAAAGACAUUCCUUUGGGGGAUCUUGAAAGGGAGAGCCUGGCCUUCUUUGUUGAUUUACAACAGGGUGUGAGCUGUUAAUCCUACUGCAGGAAUAAUACGCUCAUCCGGCUCCAGAGACGUGCUCCGACCACCAACUGUAUCAUAUGUGCUCGCAGGAAAAUAGAUCACAUGCUGCAUAGCGAAGAAAAAUACAUGUUUAGAACUGAUAAUUGAUCUCAUGGUGCAAGAAUGAAUGUAAUGUAAUGUAAUGUAAUGUAAUAUUUUAUGUUCUUGAUGGACACUUGUCUGGCUACCAAGACUCCUUGCUCUGGCCAAACACUACGCCACGCCCACGGACGUUAGUUUCUUCUCCGCAAUGAGUCUUGAUCUGAGCACCGCCCCGACCCUUCACCGAAUAUGAACAAAUUGAGGGCCAUCUGAUUGGUCCAGAAACCGAUGGGUUGAGCCAGAGCCAGAACACACGUGGGUAAAUCUGCGGUUUGAAAAUUCAUCAUUGGCUUUGAUACUCUGAUUGGUUAGACGAUCCAAUCGUUGAUGUCUUUGUUUUGUACAACACUCCUCGUGCCCCUCGUCACCACAAACGACAUCAAUGAUGGCAGUCUCAGAUUAAAGUAUGUAGCGAAUGACAGAGCAGCAGAAUCAUUUAGUUUAUCCUCAGGCUAGAUGGAUACAUCUUUCUAGAAACAAAACAGCCUACACAGCCUCCAUCUGCUCAACAAACUCAAACUACUUGUUUUGGGGAGCUGCUACAGUUUACAAAUCUCCCUCGUGGCAGUCAAGUCAUUCUGUCAAGAGUCGUUCACAAUCUAGUCCGGUUGUGGCCGCAACUAGACCUCGUUUCAAAGGUAUCAAGAAAUAAUCGUAUUUGUCUGCCUAGCAAUCACAAAUGUACAUUGUUUGAGGCACACUUUUGUAAGUCUCAGUCAGAAAUGACAGCUCCAAUAAGCCCCCUAUGGUGAACGAGAGGCUUGUAGAAUCAUGAGUCUUUCAAGUUUUUAUCUCAUUGUUCGCAAGUAGGGGGUCCUGCGUGCUCUGGGGCAUUACUGAAUAAAAUAAACAAAGAUUUGUUCAUUUUACUGAACAAGUUGAAAAGAUCUCUCAGUAAAAAGAUUCGAACUUCCCAUCACUACUGGAUAUGUGUGCCCGCCUUUGCGUGCCAGUGCUGAUGACUGGUCAUUGGUCAACAGUCAAGCACAGAUUAGAUGUUCGAGACAAGAAUUUGGUGCAAUGCCGUAGGCCUAUGUUAGUGACCACAUCGAAUAGGCAAAGGUAUAACUAUACUGUUUCAAAGAUUUUACUGAGUUACAGUUCAUAUAAGGAAAUCAGUCAAUUGAAAUAAAUAAAUGUAUCUAUGGAUUUCACUUUACUGGGAAUACAGAUAUGCAUCUGUUGGUCACAGAUACCUUAAAAAUAAUGGGCCUCAGGAUCUCGUCACGGAAUCUCUGUGCAUUCAUAUUGCCAUCGAUAAAAUGCAAUUGUGUUCAUUGUCCAUAGCUUAUGCCUGCCCAUACCAUAACCCCACCGCCACCAUGGGGCACUCUGUUCACAACGUUGACAUCAGCAAACCGCUUGCCCACACGACGCCACACACGUGGUCUGCGGUUGUGAGGCCAGUUGGACGUACUGCCAAAUUCUCUAAAACGACAUUGGAGGCAGCUUAUGGUAUAGAGAAAUUAAUAUUACAUUCUAUGGCAACAGCUCUGGUGGACAUUCCUGCAGUCAGCAUGCCAAUUGCACGCUCCCUCAACUUGACACUUCUGUGGCAUUGUGUGACAAAACUGCACAUUUGAGUGGCCUUUUAUUUUCCCCAGCACAAGGUGCACCUUUGUAAUGAUCAUGCUAUUUAAUCAGCUUCUUGAUAUGCCACACCUGUCAGGUGUAUGGAUUAUCUUGGCAAAGGAGAAAUGCUCACUAACAGGGACGUAAACAAAUUUGUGAACAGAAUUUGAGAGAAAUAAGCAUUUUGUAUAUGGAAAAUUUCAGGGAUAUUUUAUUUCAGCUCAUGAAACAUGGGACCAACACUUUACAUGUUGCGUUUAUAUUAUUGCUCAGUGUAUAAAAUACAAAUGGUAGUAGGCUAUAUGUAGCCUAUUAAAAUAUUUAUGCAUAAAACGAAUCCCCAUUCAGUUUCACACUCACAACCCUGUAAAAAACGUUUGAUUGACAGUUUGCUGGUCCAAUCUGUUGCACUUUAUUUAUUUAUUUUUUGCAUGUGUGAUGCUGCGGCUACUGUCUCUGGCUGCGUGGAAAGUAAUAAACAGAGACUCUGUGCCACAAAAUGAGUGACAAAACAUUACAAAACCUGGCCAGGCAAUUUCAAGUCAUCAGAUCAAGUCGAGUCCCAAGUCUUGAGGCUCCAAGUUAUUUUAUUUUCUAUCAAGCCAAGUCAUCAAGUUUGUGAUUUGAGUCAGACUCGAGUCUAAGUCAUGUGACUCGAGUCCACACCUCAUCUUUUGUCCUCUUCUCAGGAAAAGUCAAAGACAGGAACCCAGCACACGUAUGAAGCCAGGGGCCCUGGUGGCUGCAUGCUGCUCAUCGAUAUACUAACUGACAACAACACCCGAAGUCUCCAGGACCUCAGACAUCUGCUCAACAAACACGGGUCAGACCAGGGGGAGGGGGUUGGUAAAUGUUUUAAGUGUUUCUUAUGUUCAGUUCAGAUAGUUUUCAUUAUGUUGUGAAUAAUUGCAUUAUGUCAGAGAGCCAGAGUCUGUGUAGGUUUACUGAUCCAUAGUUUGUUAUUGAUGCAUAUUUCUGUGUUUGUCCACAGGGCAGCGCUGUGCGACGGGGUGCGUCAUAACUUCAGCAGGAAGGGGGUGGUGGUGACGCAGGGGGAGGGUGUGUCGUCCGAGCGAGCUCUGGAACUGGCCAUCGAGGCGGGGGCCGAGGACUUCCAGGAGACCGAGGAUGAGGAUGAGAAGCCCCUCCUACAGGUAAGACGUGGGUAGGGUCAAUACAUGCAGGAGUGCACUGCUUUGGUCCUCGAGGGCUGCAGACAUGCGAAACAUUUUAAAACACCCUAAUGAACACGACCCAGGGGUUUUCACGUCAAUGUGUAACAUGAGUUGAACAAGAAAAAGCAGUUGUGCCAGGGACAAAUGAAAACCUGACCUUGAGGGUCUGAGUUGUACACCCUUGAACUAGUGUCCUAUCCAGCAUCAAUACAUUACUUUCUCUCUCUCUGUUGUCAGUUUGUGUGUGACAUGACAGAGCUGAAGAAGGUGCGGACCUCGCUGGAAGAACUGGGGGUGCGCACUGUGUCCGCCGGCCUGGAGUUUGUUUCCCACACCCCCACGCAGCUUCCACAAGCUCAGCUGGAGGCAGCCUUAUCUCUGAUAGAAGCCCUGAGCGACUGCCUAGACGUGGUGCGGGUCUGGGACAACAUCCAGGCCCAGAGCUGACAGUCAUUAUGUAUUAUUGUCAUGUUACAUAUUAUGGACAUCUCACGUUAGGCAAUAUUGCACGUUUGGACAUUGAAUUGAACAGACAAAUCUUAACACCAGAUCUGCUCAUCUAUGUACUGUACAAAAGUCAUGGUUGCAGUUAUUUUAAGAAGACACAUUGCACUUGUCAGUGCUAUAAAAAAAAAAUAUUAUCUGGAAGCUCGGGAGCAAGAGAAGUUGGACAGGAUUCAGACUUGAGAUCUGUGUACUUAACUCAAAUUUUCAUGCAAGUCUCCUAUUGACAACCACAAAUAAGGAUUUACGUGAAAGUCUGAGUUGCAGGUGCUUAUUUCAACUCUGAAUCGGCCCGAUUGUGACUAGCAAGGAUUUUGUGUCAGGAAACCAUGUGACACUCGUGUGAACCUGCUUAAAGUCAAAACAACUAUCAUGUCCAAAUAAAACUAUUUAAUUUCUCAUCUGCACAAGAGUGUUUACUGCUCAGAACUCUGGAGGGACUUGGCUACAAUGUCACUGCAUGAAUGUGAUGUUAUCAAACAUGCAUUAUCUGAUACGGUUUGUUUCGGCACUGUUGAUAUAGUCAAUCAUCUCAACACUUAAUAAUUUCAACCUUUCUUGGAACAAAUAUGAUGGGAAAAAUAUUUCUAAACAAAAUGCAUUUGAUAAAUGUUAAAGAUCAACAAUGUCAGUUUGGUUUGUUUUCCUUUCCAUGAUAAACAUUACAUCAGGAAGGAAAAGGCGCAACUCUCGCUCAAUUAAAAACAUACUUUAUUUAUCUAAAUAUUACAAAUCGUGACAUUUUGGCAGUCAAUUGCCUUCAUCAGACUCAUGAUAAAUGUUACAGAAGUCUUUGCUCAAACAAUAUAGAACAUAAAACCCAUCUAUAAUGUUCUCAAUCAUAAAGGGUGUUUAAUUUAUUUUUCAUAUUUCUAUUUAACAUUUAAUAUCAUCAACAUAUAUGAUCUGGCAAAAAAGGCUUAUUUUAACCUUUACUUUAUUUUGUGACAGGAAAUGCCCUGACCUUUACAAAGCCUUCUCCCAGAUCUGUUUGUGCUCUUUC